AUGACAAAGGCAACAGGUGCACGUUUUAGGCAGCGGAAAAUCUCUAUCAAAGCUCCGUUACAAAUUUACAGAGCGGCUGAUAUCCCAGAUUUAGAUGAAGAAAUAUCGCUUCAGCGGAGUGUUCCUCUCGUCGAGACGGGUGUGGAUAAAGAUGAGGAAGAUGAACAUCAUUUACGUACAGCUAUUGCUUCUCAGAUGUCACUUAACUCGAAGCAAGUUUAUAUUCCAACACCAGAUGCUUCUAAAAUUGUAGAUGACUAUGAAAAGUUAUAUAAAAAGACAUUUAUAGAGCCUUCAACAUUUAUUCGUUUUUCAACAACUGUGGAGGACUGUGAGGGAUGUCCUUAUAGUAUGAAUGAGGAAGAUAGUGAUUGGCUUUUGAAAUUUAACGGUAAUAAACGUUUGAAAGAGAAUUAUUGUUCAGAAGAUGUAUUUGAGCUUAUUAUGAAUCAAUUUGAACUUUUUGCGAAUGAAAAACAGACAUGUUUCUAUUUGGAUGUUUUGAAAAUUGCUGAUUUUUCAGAAUUUGAAUCUAUGUUUGCUAAUUCUCAUCUUGCAUCUUACAAGCAUUUUGCAAAGCAAAUUUUUCCAUAUUGGAAGCAUAGACGAAUUUCUAAUAAUGGGAAGCAGCUUAUGCCUUCUUUGCGGUUUGAAGAAAAUGAAAAGGAUGAUAAUGACCCAUAUGUAUGUUUUCGAAGACGGGAGAUAAGACAGGUUCGAAAGACAAGAAGGUCUGAUGCUCAAAGUUCUGAAAAAUUGCGGAAACUUCGUUCUGAAAUGGAGCAAGCUUAUAAUUUAAUAGAGUUAGUUGUUCGAAGAGAGCAAUUAAAAAAAGAAUCUUUACUUUUAGAGCAGCGUAUUUUUAAUCAGCGCUGUCACGUAAAAGAAAUAAAGCGUAAGCUUGGAAUUAAAGAUGAGGAUGAUGAUUUAGUUUCACAUAAGAGAAAAAAGGCUUCUGAUAUUAGUAGUUCUACUGUGCAUAUUUCAGUUUCUCAAACAGUUGGUCCUAAUGAAGGAGAUACUCUUUUUCUUUUGGAAGAUUAUCAAUCAGAAAAGGCAGCUGCAUCUCGUGCCGCUGUUGAUGAAGCUCUUCGUCAAAAACAGCUCUCAAGUGUUGGUUGGAAAGAUAUUACAGACAAUCCAUAUUGUCCUUAUCCAAAAUUAUACCCUCUUACUUUUUUCAGGACUAUUACUGCAUCAUAUUGUUUAAAUGCUAAAAAGACAUCAUUAGAUUUGCCUACUAAAGAUGAAUAUUCAUCUUUAGCUUAUGAUUCGUUUCCUGUUUUAUCACAAUCUACUAAAUUUAAUGCUGGAAGACUUUCUUAUAGACAACGUAUUGGUAGAGGUGGCAGAAUUAUGAUUGAUAGAAAAAGCAUUGUUCGUUAUGUACAUGAUUCAUUAUUAGAUCCGUUGGUUGUUGAUCGGCAUAAGUAUGAUAAUGAUGAUUUUGAUUCUGAAAUUGAAAUAGAUGAUAUGAAUGAUUUGUAA